GCAGGCAGCCACGCAGGCAAGGCAGGCAGGCAAGGCAGGCAGGCAGGCAAGGCAGGCAAGGCAGGCAAGGCAGGCAGGCAGGCAGGCAGGCAGGCAGGCAGGCAGGGCAAGUCAGUCGUCCUCCAGAGGUGCAGCGGCAGCUAACGCUCCACACCACUGCUUCUAUAUGUGCUGUCACAGUGCAGACAGCGGUUGUAAACAUGGCGACGGACGGGAUGGUGCUCACCAACCACGACCAUCAGACCCGAGUGGGAAUUCUGACAGUCAGUGACAGUUGUUUCAAGAACUUGGCUGAGGACAGGAGUGGGAUCAACUUGAAGGACCUGGUCCAUGAUCCGUCUCUGUUAGGUGGCGUCAUCGCAGGCUAUAAAAUUGUUCCAGAUGAAAUUGAUGAAAUCAAGGAAACUCUUUUGGAAUGGUGUGACGACCAGGAGCUUAAUCUUAUUCUCACGACAGGAGGAACUGGAUUUGCACCACGUGAUGUUACGCCAGAGGCCACCAGAGAAGUGAUUGAGCGAGAGGCUCCAGGCAUGGCUCUGGCGAUGCUGAUGGGAUCUCUCAACGUGACACCGCUGGGCAUGCUGUCCAGGCCAGUGUGCGGUAUCCGUGGUAAAACUCUGAUCAUCAACCUGCCAGGGAGCAAGAAGGGCUCUCAGGAGUGUUUUCAAUUCAUCCUUCCUGCUCUGCCUCACGCCAUCGACCUGCUGCGCGAGGCCACGGUCAGGGUCAAAUCGGUCCACGCCGCGCUGGAGCAGCUGCCUUCUCCUUCUUCUCUACUGUCCAACGCGCACAGCAACUCGCACACCAUGGAGCGCGGCACCCAGUGCGAGGAGGAGGACGAGGAGGAGGAGGAGGAGGAGGAGGAGGAAGACAUGCGGAGAGGUCGACACGCGCACCACCACCACCAUCAUCACCAUCACCAGCACGGCUCCUCCCACAUCACCGCAGCUGCCAUCGCUGCAAAGAGCUGCCAUGCAGAGGUCAUGGCUAAGGGGGGCCCCUAUCUGGCCGGCAACACCCCUGCCCCUCCCACUCAUUUCACCUGCUCCUGUAGCCAUGACCAGCAGAUUCCAGACUCGAUUAUUUCUCGAGGCGUUCAGGUGCUUCCUCGAGAUUCUGCCUCUUUGAGCUCCACCCCUUCUGAGUCACCACGGGCAACACAGGCCACCUCCCGCCUUUCCACUGCAUCAUGCCCAACACCUAAGGUCCAGUCCCGAUGUGGCAGUAAUGAGAACAUCCUGAGGGCCAGCCACAGCGCGGUAGACAUCAGCAAAGUGGCACGGCGUCAUCGGAUGUCCCCGUUUCCUCUGACAUCCAUGGACAAAGCCUUCAUCACUGUUUUAGAGAUGACGCCUAUUCUGGGAAUUGAAGUCAUUAAUUACCGAGACGGAUUGGGUCGAGUGCUCGCUCAGGACAUCUAUGCCAAAGACAACCUUCCUCCAUUUCCCGCCUCGGUUAAAGACGGCUAUGCUGUAAGAGCCGCUGACGGCCCAGGAGAUCGCUUCAUCAUGGGAGAAUCGCAGGCCGGACAACAGCCUACCCACACGGUGAUGCCGGGCCAAGUGAUGAGGGUGACCACCGGCGCUCCCAUUCCUUGUGGCGCCGACGCAGUCGUCCAAGUGGAAGAUACGGAACUCUUGAGAGAGUCUGAAGAUGGCACAGAAGAGUUAGAAGUGAGGAUUAUGGUACAGGCUCGGCCCGGACAGGACAUCAGGCCUAUCGGUCACGACAUCAGACGAGGAGAGUGCGUGCUAGCCAAAGGGACGCACAUGGGGCCGUCGGAGAUCGGUCUGCUGGCUACGGUGGGAGUGACCGAUGUCAGCGUGCACAAGUUCCCAGUGGUGGCUGUCAUGUCCACUGGAAAUGAGCUUUUGAAUCCAGAGGACGACCUUCACCCGGGAAAGAUCAGAGACUCCAACCGCUCCACUCUGCUGGCGACCAUCCAGGAACACGGAUACCCGACCAUUAACCUGGGCAUCGUUGGAGACAACCCCGAUGACCUGCUCUCAGCUCUCCACGAGGGAAUCAGUCGUGCUGAUGUCAUCAUCACCUCAGGGGGUGUGUCCAUGGGCGAGAAAGACUUCCUGAAGCAGGUGCUGGAUAUUGACCUUCAUGCUCAGAUUCACUUUGGACGUGUGUUCAUGAAGCCAGGUCUCCCGACUACUUUUGCCACCGUUGACAUUGACGGAGCGCGGAAACUCAUCUUUGCUCUGCCAGGUAACCCAGUGUCUGCAGUGGUUACAUGUAAUCUCUUUGUGAUCCCUGCACUGAGGAAGAUGCAAGGCAUUCUGGACCCUAGACCCACAAUUAUUAAAGCCAGGCUUUCGUGUGAUGUGAAGCUGGAUCCUCGACCAGAGUACCAUCGCUGCAUUCUCACCUGGCAUCACCAGGAGCCACUGCCCUGGGCUCAAAGCACAGGUAACCAAGUGUCCAGCAGGCUAAUGUCCAUGCGUAGUGCCAACGGCUUGCUGAUGUUGCCGCCUAAAACCGAGCAGUACGUGGAACUGCACAAGGGAGAGGUUGUGGAUGUCAUGGUCAUCGGACGGCUAUGAUGCAGAUUUCAGUCACUCAUGACAAAUACAUUGACGGUGCUGGAACUUCCUGCCUGCACAGGAGGGGGGAAAAAAAAAAAAAAGAAAAAAAAUGGGCGGGGGCAUCUAUUAGCUGUGAUGUCAUAUGCAACAGCCAAUUGGAGCCAGCAGAGGCUGAAUCCUCAUUGGUCUGCAUUGUGAAGAUAUUAAGAAAAAGAAAUGUGAAGAAAUAUAUAAAAAUGAGAUUUAUUCUGUAAUAUUCUACGAUUCUCCUGAUUAUAAUGAUUAUUAAUAUCUGUACUUUAUAUUAUUCUGGUUCUGAUGGACUAUCAUCAUCAUUCUAGUAGUAAUCACAUUGUUGUCUCUGGAUUUCAUUUGCUUUGUGCGUUGAGCACUUUUUCUGACUAGUUAUAGAAUGAGUCCUUCCUCUGCUUCUGCCACAAGCCAUUUUGUCCCUUUCAUUCUUGCUCUUUUGUACAAAGCCAAUGAUUGAUUGAAACCCCUUGCGCAGCCAAAAGAAACGUUGACUGUGGCUUCUCUCCCGUACGCAAGAGUGAUGAAGUCAGUCCUUCAAAUAAAGGUGCACAUGACGUGACCCGA